AUGGAAAAAUUGAACGCCUUGGAUUGGUCUGAGCGCCAGGUUGCGCUGGCUCGUGGCAUCCUCGCCGGCAACAUCUUUGAUUGGGGCGCCUCCGAGGCCGUACGUUUCUUCAUGCAGUCGCAGAACUCGGUCGAUGGUAUGGCCAGUUUCACUCAGACUCAAAACAAGAUUCCCGUAAGUCUCGUUUUUGCCUGCUACUGCUGCUGCUGCUGA